AUGGUUUCUCCAGCGUCUGAGCCUGUAGAAAUCAAACGUGGAAAAAAAGUCGGGUCUCCGAGCCGUAGUGAAGUUGGAAGCCGUCAAAAUGCUAUAAAUCGUCUUGUGGCUUCUCCUCCGUUAGCUCAAUCGUUCUCACAACUCUCAAAGUCCCAACCUCUUUCUAGCAUAUAUAAUACACAGGAUAACUUUCUAAGCACUUCAGGGAAAUUUCCUGCUGCAAGUUCUUUUGGAUCAAAUCCAAUUUUGGAAAAUUCAACUUUAGAUAUUCCUCAACAAAAAAAAGCUGAAAUUGUGAAAAAGCACCUUGUUACCGAAGCUGACAGUUCCGAUGAUAAUCUAGCAGAUAAUCAUGCUCUUCAUUCUACCCCUUAUAAAUUACCAGGAGGUGAUGCAACUCAUGAAGUUUACAAGUGGCAUGCAGAAGUAGAAAAUGCUCCUAUGAAACGUACGCGUUCCCGUUCUUUAUAUUUACCACGACCUAUUGAUCCGGAAACAUCUAAUAUGAGAGAGCCAGGAGGUUUCCGUCGUCAUCAUGUUAUAAUGAAAGCAAGAAAAGCAGGAAAGGAGCCACCAAAUAUGAUUAGAAAUUUCAUUGAUUUUUUGGCAAUGUAUGGUCAUUUUGCUGGUGAAGAUUUGUCUGAUGAUGAAGAUGAUGAAGAAGAAGAAGAUGAUGAUGAUUAUGUUGCUUUGGAAUCUGCUCCUUUGCUUCCAAGGGAAAGGAAUACUUCCGAUGGCGCUGCCUCUCCUUCUAAAGCUGUAUUUUUGCUUUUGAAAUCUUUUGUCGGUACUGGCGUUAUGUUCUUGCCAAAAGCAUUUUAUAACGGAGGUAUGGCCUUUUCUUCUAUAUUUUUGGUUUUUAUAGCUCUGAUAUCUUUAUGUUCUUUCCUGAUGCUGGUACGGACGCGAACACAUUAUCCAUUCAGUUUUGGUGACAUUGGUAAUGCUUUAUAUGGAAGUUGGAUGAGAUCUGCCGUGUUAUUUUCUAUUACUAUUUCUCAGAUUGGAUUUGUAUGUGCUUAUAUGAUAUUCGUCGCUGAAAAUCUGAAAUCGGUUGCGGAACAAGUUUUUGAUAUCCGAAUAGACUUAUAUAUAUAUAUAAUGUUACAAAUAUUAAUUUACGUACCACUCGCAAUGAUUCGGCGCAUAUCGAAACUUUCUUUUACGGCAUUGAUCGCAGAUGUUUUUAUUAUGUUUGGUCUUUUAUACUUAUAUUAUUUUGAUAUAAAUCAAUUGGUAAAAGAGGGAGUAAGUGAUAUCGCUGCAUUUAAUCCAGAUGACUUUGCACUAUUUAUUGGUACGGCUGUGUUUACUUUCGAGGGAAUUGGAUUGAUUAUUCCCAUUACUGAAUCUAUGAAAGAACCUGAGAAAUUUCCUAAGGUGUUAACAGGAGUGAUGAUUUUUAUUAGUGUUCUUUUCACAUCAAUUGGAGCUUUAUCUUAUGCUACGUUUGGCAGUAAUAUAAAAACAGUAGUGAUUAUCAAUCUACCAAGUGAUGAUCCACUUGUUCAGACCGUUCAGUUACUAUAUGCUUUAGCCAUUCUAUUAUCAAUUCCGCUUCAAUUAUUCCCGGCGAUUAGAAUUAUGGAACAAGGUUUAUUUGUAAAAAGUGGUAAAAACGACCUUUAUGUUAAAUGGCAAAAGAACAUUUUCCGUAUCUUAACGGUUAUUGCAUGUGCUUUAAUUGCUUGGGGCGGUGCCAGUGAUUUGGACAAAUUUGUUUCAUUGAUAGGCUCGUUUGCAUGUGUACCAUUAUGUUUUAUAUAUCCUCCUCUUUUCCAUUAUAAAGUGGCUCGUACUUUCGGUGCUAAAAUGUUAGACAUAUUUGUAUUAACGUUUGGUGUAUUUUCUCUGUUUUAUACCACUCAUGUAACCAUUCGCAAGUGGGGUGGUGAAUAA